CUCGCCAUGGAACGACUCACCGUUGCUUUGCUCGGAACGGGGCUGGCGGCGCUGGCUGCUUCGGUGGAUGUCAAUGAAUCCGGCAAGAAGUAUCAGCUUCCGAUCACCCAGCCGGUGGUCAUCGACAACUGUUUCUACCGCGACAUGAGAUAUUUCCCUACGAUGCUAUUGGUUCUUCCAUCGCACGAGGAAAGUUUGGUGGCGUGCCAGCAACGCUGCAUCACGGUGGAAGGAUGUAGGUACAUCUCCUGGUGGGGCACUGGCCACUGCGUUUUGUCGGGUGCUGAUGCCUACCUGGUGGAGGACGUCUUUGCAAUGGCUGGGCCUGUGCAUUGCACACCAGUCCUGGCAUCCUGCCGUGAAAGGCCUUCUUCCAGCUUUCCCGGAGCAACUGGCAUCGAAUCUGCCAAGGCCUGGCCAUCGGGAUAUGUUCCUUUCCCGAUGGAGUGCUGGCCGCGGAGUGGAAGCGUCUUGAAGCAUUGCGGGAAAGAAGAGGUCAUCCAGGAUGUCUCCAGCGGCCUGGUUGGGGCUUGCCAGAAUAUGGAGCAGCUGACAGUGCCGUUGUAUGAGACGUGCCAUUCGCUGUGCAGCAAGAAAAACUUCUGCUCCAUUUACGUGGAGAAUCAGACCGGCUGUUUCAUAGGUGAAAUGACUGCGGGUUUGAAUUGCUUCAGCCCCUUGAGGAACCCCGAAGCCGCCUAUCACGCAGGGCGCCUGAUGCAUGGGGCGGUGCGAGUUCUCCAGGACUUGCGAGACACACAAGUUUUCGGCUUAACGCAGGUCUUUCUGGAACGAGACUGCCCAGGGAAUCCGCGAAGCUCCUGUGUGGAGUAUUGUCGACUGAGCUGCUACUCGAGUCUCCAGUGCAACUUCUGGCAGUACUACCUGGGCUCAGGCUGUUGGGUGGAUGAAGGCAACGUGCUGCAUCCCUUGACCAACGCCCAACUACGACGUGGCUGGGACGUUGCCAUUGCCGGGGAGUAUAUCCAACACUUCUGUCCUGGCCUCGGGUGGACUCCAGCCAAGGAGUGGACCAUGACCGCCCGCGACACCAUCUGUUCCAAGAGCAGCAAAGUGAAGGAGCUGAGCCACGUGUCCAGUGUGUUGGGAUGCCAGGCCCAGGCACAAAGGAAUGAGGACUGUGGCAAAACCACUUUCACCAAUGGCACCGCAUGCUUUUGUCUCCGACCUGGAGGGCUCUGCGAGCGAGAACACUUCAUUGGCUUUGAUCUCUAUGAGAGAAACGACUUGGUAGAGGCAGUGCAACCUGCCGCGCACGCCUCGCUGUUCAAAGCACCAGAGGGGCUGGGAGCCUUCCAUGUGGAGAUCACGUUGAGGGGAGUGAGCUAUGAGCGCAUCGUAGCAUCCAAGUCGGCCAGUGAUGAGCUGCGGAGGAGCUUUGCCCUCGACGUGGCGGAAGCCACAGGUGUCUCAUCCUCGUCUGUAUGGAAUGAUCAAGGAGACACCCGGGAGGUGUCCUUGGCUCGCUCCAGUGGCAAUGAAGGGGAUGAUUCCCUCAGCAUCAAAUUUAAUAUGCAGCUGCCCGGGCAUGGUAGCGCGGACACGGUGACGCGGGAUUUGAACUCGAUCACCUUCCAGGCCGGCCUGCGCGACUCAGUGCAAGCUGCGGCACCAGACAGCAUCACAGGUCCAGUGGAAGUCUUCACCGCCUUUGGGGACCAAGAGCCUGGCAUUCCCUUCAGCCGUGUGUGGAUACCGCUCCUGCUUGGGGUGCUCGUCUGCAGCGCCGUGGUGUUUUGCUUCAUAUAUGGCCUGCAGCGUCAUGGCCCCAACGGCAUUUGCAUGGACGAGGAUUUCAACUGCCGCGAUCCCUUGGAUGGUUUCUGCGACACGGAUUCCGGCGAUGAGAAGAUGCGCUCCCCAAAGAGCUUACGCCAGAAGCGAUGGUUUCGACCUCAAUCGCGCAAUGUCACCACAGCAUAAGCACCAACACGGAGGACAUGUCGUGCGUCUCCGGCUGAGCAGCUGCCCAGUGGAAAAUGACGCGGUUUCCCUGGUGCCAGAGGAUGGUCUGCGUGAUUUGUUUCUUGGAACUUUCUG